CAUAUGAAGGCGAAAAACCAAUCAGCUAUAGAAUUCUUACUUCUUGGGCUCUCAGAGGACCUAGGCCUGCAGCCCAUCCUCUUUGGACUGUUCCUGUCCAUCUACCUGGUCACGGUGCUUGGGAAUCUGCUCAUCAUCCUGGCUAUCAGCUCUGACUCCCACCUCCACACACCCAUGUACUUCUUCAUCUCAAACCUGUCCUUCACUGACGUCUGUUUCAGCACCAGUACAGUCCCCAAGAUGCUAGUGAACAUCCAGCAACAGAGCAGAACCAUCAGUUACACGGCCUGCCUCACACAGGUCUACUUUGUGCUGGUUUUCGCGGGGCUGGAAAACUUUCUGCUUUCAGCCAUGGCCUAUGACCGCUACAUAGCCAUCUGUAAUCCUCUGAGGUACACAUUCAUCAUGAACCCUUGCCUGUGUGUUCUGGCGACGCUGUUCUCGUUGUUCAUCAGCUCUGUAGAUGCUCUGCUGCACUGCCUGAUGCUACUUCGUCUAUCUUUUUGUGAAGACCUGGAAAUCCCUCACUUCUUCUGUGAACUGGAUCAGGUCAUCAAGCUGUCGUGUUCUAAUACCCUCCUCAACAACAUCUUGGUAUACACAGUGACUAGCGUAUUGGGUGGUGUUCCUCUCCUUGGGAUUAUUUUCUCUUACAUUAAAAUUGCCUCUUCUGUCCUGAGAAUGCCAUCAACUGAGGGAAAGUACAAAGCUUUUUCUACCUGUGGGUCUCAUCUUUCUGUUGUUUCUUUGUUCUAUGGGACAGCUUUUGGGGUAUACAUCAGCACUGCCGUAACUGACUCAUCCAGGAAGACCGCAGUUGCCUCCGUGAUGUAUACAGUGGUUCCCUCAAUGAUGAACCCCUUUAUUUACAGUCUGAGGAACAGAGAUAUGAAAGAAGCCUUGAAGAAACUCACUUCUCAGAUCCCCUUCCUGUUAUAA